GCCGAUCUAAAUUCGUGCCGGACAGCGGGCGGCAUGGCCCGGUAUUCCUUUCUAGGCAAUUCAUUUUUGGGCGAUGGAACUUCCUUUGUCGUCUAAAUCGCAUCACGAUUUUUUGAUUCUUCAGUCAAGGGCUUAAAUUCUAAGAUGUAUUUACUCGGUUUAUUUAACUUCGAUUGGAGCGGUUUCGAAGAUGAUACAACUACAAUAGCUUGAGAGGAUUCCAAAUAAAAAAAAAAAAAACCACCAUUUUUCAGUAGAUCCUUUCAUUUUCUCUAAUUUUGGAGAGGAAAUAUUAUUCAUUUUCAACUUUAGUAGCAAGUUAGCAACGGACGAAGUCGGCGAAGUGCUAGAAUUCUGAGGCAACGUCGACGACUAAGUUGCCACAGUAACUGAGACUGAGGUCAGAGCAGAAACUCUCGACUUUGCCUCGUUACUUGAUCCAUUGGUCUCUUUUGAAUCUACCUUCUGUGAUGCGUUUAUUGUAAUUUCUUGGUUUGACGGGCACUGUGGUUGUCUUUUCAAUCCAUACAGAUGCCACAUCUGACCUCGUCAGAGAAGAAGAUUUUAGUACUCAAACCGAGGUUACUUAUUGCGUAAAUCCGUUACUCGGAAAUCCUUUUCUGUCUGGUCGAGAGGAAGAAUUGCGGACAAAUCUCUACACUAUGCAUUAAUGGCUUUUCAGGGGUUUGGCAAGAACUCUGGCCCUUCUGUUCCUCCUAAAGCACAGACACCUUUUGGGACUUUACCUCGUUCUCCCUCUCCAACAAUCUCUCCCCACAACUCAACCCUUGCCCAACAAUCUCGAGGAUCCACUAUAUCUCCUCCUCAAUGGAAUAGUCGGCCAGAACCACUUGUCAAUGGCUCAAACUCACAAACUUUUCCAAGACCAUAUGCAAGUAAGCCAUAUGUUGGUCCAGGUACUGGAAGCAAUGUUCCAGCCAAGCCUGCCAACUUUCAAUACCCAAAAGGAACUGGAUUGCCCCCUUUUCUGUCAGCUGAUGAAGAUUUCUUGGGAAACUCAAGCCAGAAUGUCUCUAAAAGGCCUGUUUUAUCUCCUUCCAGCUGGGAUAAUCAAUCAAGAUCUCCAGUAACCUACACUGAUUCACAGAUUCAUCAAGGUCCAUCCCUGGUUCCAACUUAUGUAGAUGCUCAUGAUGUUGGAACACAGUUGCGGACCAAGGUUUCCAACAGUCAAGUUCCAACCAGAACCAGAUCUCCUCCUGGUCCAUAUGGGAAUGAAAUCUUCCGAGCAAACCCUCAUCCAGAUUCUACUGGAAGGCCUACUAAUUCCCAAACUCACCAGAAGUCCUCUGUUGCUCGUAAUAUUAAUGUUGAAGGUGCGGGAACCAAGUCCACCUCCUUUCUAAUUCCCAAAAGGAUGAGGUCACCUCCUUUACCUCCUACUGAUGAGAAUUCUAUGGGAAGUUUAUACUCCACCCAAGAUGAUAAUGAACGAGAAGCGCAAGCAAAGGCAAGGCGUUUGGCUCGAUUCAGUAAUGAUCUAAGGCAAACUGAGCAAAGCAUGCAUGAUCUAACAAAGCACAAAUUGUCAAUGUAUGGACAAGAUGAAUCUCUGGUGGGGAGGCGGGAGUUUGUUGCAGAGCACCCAGUUGAAGCAGGGGGUGAUUUUCCUAAUGGCAGCACUUCUGAUUUUGAAGGCUUAGAAUCAUCCCAUGUCAUAAUUGGGUUAUGUCCUGAUAUGUGUCCAGAAUCUGAAAGGGAGGAACGUGAGAGGAAGGGGGAUCUCGACAAGUAUGAACGCCUGGAUGGAGAUAGAAAUCAAACUAGCAAAUUCCUUGCUGUUAAGAAGUAUAAUAGGACAGCUGAGAGGGAAGCAGAUUUGAUAAGACCUAUGCCAGUUUUGCAGAAGACGGUUGAUUAUCUUCUGGCAUUGCUAGAUCAACAUUAUGAUGAUCGAUUUCUGGGCAUGUAUAACUUUUUGUGGGACAGGAUGAGGGCAAUUCGAAUGGACCUGAGGAUGCAACAUAUUUUUAACAGAGGCGCUAUAACCAUGCUGGAGCAAAUGAUAAGACUCCAUAUCAUAGCCAUGCAUGAAUUGUGUGAAUACACAAAGGGAGAAGGCUUCUCAGAGGGAUUUGAUGCACACCUAAACAUUGAGCAGAUGAACAAAACAUCAGUUGAAUUGUUCCAAAUGUAUGAUGAUCACAGGAAGAAGGGAAUUAAUAUACCAACAGAGAAAGAGUUUCGAGGAUAUUAUGCACUUCUUAAGCUGGACAAGCAUCCUGGAUACAAAGUUGAACCUGCAGAGUUCUCACUUGAUCUUUCAAAAAUGACUCCAGAGAUAAGACAAACCCAAGAAGUUCUUUUUGCCCGUGAAGUAGCAAGAGCCUGUAGAACUAGUAAUUUUAUUGCCUUCUUUCGGCUUGCAAGGAAAGCAACUUAUCUUCAAGCAUGUCUGAUGCAUGCCCACUUUGCGAAGUUACGAACCCAGGCACUUGCUUCUCUACACAGUGGUCUCCAGACUAACCAGGGACUCCCUGUUGCCCAUGUUACGAAGUGGCUGGGGAUGGAGGAAGAAGACAUGGAAAACCUUCUACAAUAUCAUGGGUUCUUGAUAAAGGAAUUUGAAGAGCCAUAUAUGGUCAAGGAAGGUCUAUUUCUCAAUGCUGACAAGGAUUAUCCAACCAAGCGUUCAAGACUUGUUCACCAGAAAAAAUCUCAGAGGAUUAUUGGUGAUGUUGUCCCAUCUGAUAAUUUAAUAUGUCGGCCUGUUCAAGAAGCCAAACAGAUUAUCUUGGAUGACGGAGACAAAUUUGAGCCUGAAACUUUACGAUCUGUUAAAAGAAAAGCUCCGGUUGAUGUUGUUGAAGAAGAAAUUUCCAAAUUUGAACCUAUUUCUAGUCCUAGAAAUAGCUCAAAGGUAGAGCCAAUGUUUGAUGCAUCAUUGUCUAGUCAUGAUAAUGAAGAUGAUCACCACAUAGUAGAUGUGCAUUUUAGGCCUCGGAAUGCCCCUUUGGUUCAUCAUUCUCCAGAAUCUCCUCCAUCUAAGGUUGGAAAGGUGGACAAACCGGAUUUAGGUGCCAUAUUUCCUGACUUUUUGGAUAGAAAUCUGCAUUCUGAGGGGAAAGGAAUGCCACUACAGAGCAUGCCAGGAAAGUCCCCACAUGUUGAAGAAGGAUCCAUGGGGUUUCAAUCUGGUCCUCUGCUAGAGGAUUCAAUAUCCGAGAGAGUAAUAGUUGAAGACUUAGAAAAUGAAGUAGUAAUGGCUAUUCCUCAGGAAGUAGAAAGUGAAGAAGCUAAAGCAAUUCAGCAGGAAGAUGAAGCUUUCAGAGCAAAACUUAAGUUGAUCCUAAGAAUAUGGAAGCGCUGUUCAUUGAGGAGGAGGGAGGUACGUAAACAACGAGAGUUGGCAGCAACUGCUGCAUUAAAUGCACUCUCAAUGGGUCCACCAAUUCAACAAAAGAAAACACAACCAAGAUUUGUUGGUGAGCUUAACAUCGAUAACAUAGCGAGGGAGAGACAUGAAAAGCACAGGAGAUUUUGGUCAAGGGUGAAUGUUUCUGAAGUGGUUGAGAGGACAUUGAGUGAAAGAAAUCCGGAUGCAAAGUGCCUUUGCUGGAAGCUUAUUUUCUGUUCGCAGAUGAAUGACACAAGGAGGGAAGGUUUACAGCAGAGAAGCCCUGUUGACGAUUUAACUGGCCAGUGGUUACUCUCAAAACUAAUGGGUGUUAGAAAGGAUGAUAAUGAUGGCGAUGAAGAACUGUUGGUUUCCUCCCCUGGGCUGUCAAUAUGGAAGAAGUGGGUUACCAGGGCAUCUGGUUCCCCUCCAACCUGUACUUUAUCUGUUAUCAGAGAUAUAGGAGUUGAUGAGUUGGAUGUUGAGAUAGCUGGUGGAAGUGCUGUUCUUUUUCUGGUAUUAGAAAGCAUUCCGUGGAAGCUCCAAAAAGAUCAACUCCAUAACCUUCUAAAAUCCUUACCUUAUGGCUCCUGCUUACCACUGCUGAUUGUAAGUGGCUCAUUUUCUGAAGAUGUUCCUGAUCCUUCAUCGACAAUAGUUAAUGGACUUGGCCUUCAUGAAUUAGAUAAAACAAGGAUAAAAAGCUUCUCGAUUGUUUUCCUUGCUGGAAAUCGGCCAUUGAAACACUUUGAUGGGGUCUACAGUGAUGAACAGCUAAGGGAGGGACUUCAAUGGCUGGCUAGACAUUCUCCACAGCAUCCGGUUCUUCAGUGUGUAAAGACACGUGAACUGGUUAUGAGUCAUUUGAAUAGUUUGUUGGAGGUACUUGACAAGAUGAGUAUCUCUGAGGUAGGUCCCAACCAUUGUAUCUCAGUCUUCAACAGAGCAUUGGAUCAAUCAGAAGAGGAGAUUGUUGCCACAGCCGAUAUGAAUCCUGUUUGUUGGCCCUGUCCUGAGAUUGAUGUGCUAAAGGAUUCUUCUGAUGAGCACAGAGUUAUAAGUUGGUUUUUACCAAGAAGAGGAUGGAACUCAGAUGCGAGCAUUAAGCUUAUUGUAGAUGCAUUUGAAGGUUGCAGACUUCCAUCCUUUCCUGAUGAUUUAUCCUGGUUGAAUCAAGGUUCAAACAUGGCCACAGAGAUACAAAACCACAAAUCUGAACUUGAAAAAUGCUUGAUCAAAUAUCUCACCCAGUCAAGUAAGAUGAUGGGGUGGGCUCUGGCAGAAAGAGAGGCCUGUGUAAUGCUCCAAAAAGGUGCUCGACUUGAGCUUCUUGAUUCAAGUUACUGUAUAGUUCCAAGGUGGGUGGUGAUAUUCCGACGAAUUUUUAAUUGGCAGUUGAUGAAUUUAAGCAGUGGGGACUCCUCGGUAGCCUAUGUUUUGAAGAACCAAAAGAAGUGCUAUAUGAAGGCAAGCAAUGUAACUGAUCGCUUGGAACAUGAUCUAAGAAAGUUUGACAUGGAUGUAGUGUCUCCUGAUGAUCCUCAUAACUCGAGUUUUGUUCAGGAUAAAACCCAACCUUAUACUUUGACACAACCGUCUCUUGAUGAAAUGGUUGAAAUUGGCUGCAAUUCAGUCACUUCUGGAAGGGAGGAGCAGGUUCGGUCUGAGUACAUUGCACCUCUAGCAGAGAUGGCAAAUCACAGAACUGCGUCUCUGGAGGCUACUGCUGCCAAUGAUUUAGUAGAAGGCGGUGAGAACCCUAGACAGGAUAAUUUGAGUACUUAUUUAUCUUGUGAGUCCAACAAUACUAUCUGUAAAUUAAUCAUAGCUACACAAGAGAGGAAAGAGGCUGACAGGUUGAGCAAGUUGUUGGAGCAGUGUAAUAUAUUACAGAACGAGAUAGAUGAAAAGCUCUCUAUAUAUUUCUCCUAGUCCAAGUACAUCAAAAUUUUGUUUGUUGUAAUUAUUCCUUGUACAAUGAGAACAAGUUUAUGGGUUAGGUUUAGGUGGAGUGCAUAUGCUAGGAAUUGCAAGUUGCAAUUGCUGAUACCCAGUUGUGCGGCUUGUGCUAUUGCAUGAGUUGUAUUGUACGUUCAUUAUGAUGAUGCUUGCUUGCCAACUUUAUC